AUGGCAAAGGCGAACUCGGCUUCUGGAUUGGCAGUAGAUGAUGAGUGCAAGCUGAGGUUUUUGGAGCUGAAAACGAGGCGCUGUUUCAGAUUUAUCGUGUUUAAGAUCGAAGAGAAGGCAAUGCAGAUAACGGUGGAAAGGCUUGGCCAACCUGAAGAGAGCUACGAAGACUUUACUAAAUCGCUUCCUACUGAUGAAUGUCGCUAUGCUGUUUAUGACUUCGACUUUGUCACAGAUGAGAACUGUCAGAAAAGCAAAAUCUUCUUCAUUGCCUGGUCUCCUGACAGUUCAAAAGUUAGGAAUAAGAUGCUAUAUGCUAGCUCCAAAGAUAGAUUCAAGAGAGAGCUAGACGGCAUUCAAGUGGAGUUGCAAGCAACAGAUCCCAGCGAGAUGAGCUUGGACAUUGUAAGAUGUCGGGCUCUCUAA